AUGCCAUUUCUGUGUUUGACGCCUGCUCCUCCCCCGCUCCUCCCCUGCUCCUCCCCCGCUCCUCCCCUGCUCCUCCCCUGCCCCUCCCCUGCUCCUCCCCCGCUCCUCCCCUGCUCCUCCCCUGCUCCUCCCCUGCUCCUCCCCCGCUCCUCCCCUGCUCCUCCCCUGCUCCUCCCCCGCUCCUCCCCUGCUCCUCCCCCGCUCCUCCCCCGCUCCUCCCCCGCUCCUCCCCUGCUCCUCCCCUGCCCCUCCCCUGCUCCUCCCCUGCUCCUCCCCUGCCCCUCCCCUGAUCCUCCCCUGAUCCUCCCCUGCUCCUCCCCCGCUCCUCCCCUGCUCCUCCCCUGCCCCUCCCCUGCUCCUCCCCCGCUCCUCCCCUGCUCCUCCCCUGCUCCUCCCCUGAUCCUCCCCUGCUCCUGCCCCGCUCCUCCCCCGCUCCUCCCCUGCUCCUGCCCUGCUCCUCCCCUGCUCCUCCCCUGCUCCUCCCCCGCUCCUCCCCUGCCCCUCCCCUGCUCCUGCCCCGCUCCUCCCCUGCUCCUCACCUGCUCCUCCCCUGCUCCUCCCCCGCUCCUCCCCUGCCCCUCCCCUGCUCCUCCCCCGCUCCUCCCCUGCUCCUCCCCUGCUCCUCCCCUGAUCCUCCCCUGCUCCUGCCCCGCUCCUCCCCCGCUCCUCCCCUGCUCCUGCCCCGCUCCUCCCCCGCUCCUCCCCUGCUCCUCCCCUGCUCCUCCCCUGCUCCUCCCCUGCUCCUCCCCUGCUCCUCCCCCGCUCCUCCCCUGCUCCUCCCCCGCUCCUCCCCCGCUCCUCCCCCGCUCCUCCCCUGCUCCUCCCCUGCCCCUCCCCUGCUCCUCCCCUGCUCCUCCCCUGCCCCUCCCCUGA